GUCUGAAGGGGGCCCACGGUAACUGCCUCCAAUGCUUCAGUCCGACCCUGAAACUAUUUGAAAUAAAAUGUAAUGUUACAUCAUUUCCACCAGUGCAGAGCAACAUUACAUUAGAUUUGAAUUACUUUAAACCACUUACGUUUCUUAGUGUUACUGUUUCUUUAACUAGGUGUAUUUAUUGCCCGAAGAGUUAAACCCACAAAGAAACGCUUUCGGUUUAAUACGUGCAGGUAUUAAACCUGGGGCAGGACAGUAUCUCAGAGGACAGACUUGGUAUAAUGGUGACACUCACUAGAGGACACUCACAAUUCAGUGAUUUCCAUCAGAGAAAAUGGUGGAUCUUCCUCGGGUCGGUUGCACUAGUUAUUAUCCUUGUGACUGGUUUGUCUGUAGGUUUGAUAACAAAUGCAGAUAAACAACAAAUCAGAGUCAGCACCGAGCGCUACGUAGUGAAGAAGAUGAUGGAGGAUGUGAUAUUAAGCUGCACCUUCACCCCAGAUCCAAGUCAGGACUAUGAUAUAAAGUGGGAGAAGGUGGGCAUGAGUGGGCUGGUGCACAAGUACCAGAAAGGGAACAAUGAGCUGACGGAUCAGAACCCAGCCUUCAGGGGUCGCACCUCCCUCUUCCUCAGUCAGGUGAUGGUGGGUAAUGCCUCCCUAAAGCUCAGCCGGGUGCAACUGUCAGACACCGGCACCUACAGGUGCAUCAUCUCCAACUCCAAAGGGAACGGGAUGGACUCACUGACACUCAAUGUGGGAGGAUACAGUCAUGUGACCGUGACCCAAAUCUCAAGUCGCAGCCUCAGAUGUGAGUCUCCUGACUGGUACCCCCAACCUUCAGUCUCCUGGGACGCUUCCUUUGGGCCCAACAUCCAGAACUUCACCAACACCAGUUACCGACCCACCCACGACAACAUGGUGAAUGUGAGCACAGAGCUGAGUGAUGCCCAGGGCAAUAUAUGGUACAACUGUGAGAUACGGACUGGCCUGGCUGUGGCCACGGCAACCUCCAUAUUCAUUGGUAACGGCAUCAGAACAAAAAACUGGUUGACAGUUGUAAUCCCUGCGUCCGGGGGUCCAAGUUCAGUUGCUCAGGUUUGGCUCUGUGUCCUCCUCCUGUGUCUGACCCUGGGGUCUCUAAGUCACUAAGAGAAGAGAACAACCUGUGGCCUGGUUCUCUGGGAUACUCCUCGUGCUCAGCCUGAGCCCAGUACCAGUACCAGUACCAGUACCCCCCUAUCCUGCCAUCAUGGGAGACACUGGGGGCUGCUGGGACCAUUUAUAAUUAUAUACCAUUAUAUAUUCCUGAGUGUUAGCUCUUUAGCCCAGACUCUCCCUGCCAGUCACAUUCUGGGCUCCAGGGCCCCCCUCUCUCCUUUUUUCUCUAUUUCAUGCACCAAACAUUGCAUGAUUGUGGCAGGGGUAGGGGGCAGUUACAGUGGCAGGGGUUUGUUUAUUCAUCUCAUGGAUUUGACUCCAAGGGCUGGGUCUGCCCUACAGUUAUCUUUUAUAUACCUUAUAGAAACCCUAUUAUUAACCCAAACGCUAUUAUUAACCCCAUCUCCUCCUCUGUGUAUUGGGAGUGGCAUCUAAAUCCCCCCCUGUAUGUUCCCCGUCUGCCUGUGCCUCUUAAUGUAAUAUAACUGUAUUAUUCUUCCGUUGGGGGGCAGGGCAUAUGUAUAUAUAUAUAUAUAUAUAUAUACACACAUACGUAUAGAAUAAAUAAAUAUGUAAUAUUAAA